GCUCUCUGUGGAGACAAGGCGAGGGUGCUUGCACCCUUGCUCCCACAGCUGCCCCUAUCAUGAGGGGCAGACGUUUGGAAUCGUGGAUUUUCCCCUUGUUCUUAGGUGGCUUCAUUCAGCCAACUCUGGGACAGGAAGAGCCACAGAAGGUCAACUGCUAUGACUCGAUAGAUGGAACGGUCUAUAACUAUGGGGCCCUUACCUUAGAUGGUGAGGAGUACAUCCCCUUCCGGCAGUAUGCUGGGAAGUUGAUCCUCUUUGUCAAUGUGGCCUCCUACUGAGGACUCACAAUGCAGUACCUUGAACUGAAUGCACUACAAACUGCUUUGGGACCUUAUGGCCUAGUCAUCCUGGGCUUCCCAUCCCAUCAGUUUGGAAAACAAGAACCUGGCGAGAACAAUGAAAUCCUUAACUCCUUGAAAUAUGUAAGACCCGGGGGAGGCUUUGUUCCAAACUUCAAACUCUUUCAGAAAGGAGAUGUGAACGGGGAGAAAGAACAACAGAUCUAUACCUUUCUAAAGAAGUCCUGUCCGCCUGUUACAGAUAACUUUGGUAAUGUUUCUGGGAGACUUUUCUGGUAUCCUCUGAAGAUCAAUGAUAUCAAGUGGAAUUUUGAGAAGUUUUUGGUCAAUACAGAAGGGAAGCCUGUGUUGAGAUGGUAUCACAGGACAAAUGUUGCCACUGUGAAGAACGACAUCAUACAAUACAUGAAGAGUGAGGGGAUGCUGUACGGCUAG